GGAGGUUCGGGGACAGUUAGUGUUAGUGUAGCCGCAAGUUAGUGGCAGUGCCAUACGAGGACAGACGACGGCAGACUGUGGCAGUGAUCAGCGCAACGACACGUCACCGCGCGCUCCACCAGCGCCAGCCUCAUCUACUACUCACCACUGCGCUUAUUGUAACCUGACAGUAAGGAAAAUAUUGUGUGGAGAGAAGAGAGAAAGAUGGCAUUGGCGAGGUACGGCGCGCUGGCGGCUCUGGCGGCUCUGGCGCUGGUGCUGCCUGCCGCCGCUCAACAACCUGAUGACAACAACAACUUGUACAAGGCGUGCGUGAGGGAGGACUCGCGCUCCGGGUACUGCGUACAUGACAACAUGUGCUACUCCAACUUCACCUUAGCCACCGGCACCACAUUUAUUGGUUCUACGCAGGCCAGGAUGAACGACGCAAUACCAGAAUCCCAAUGUGGUGGUCUCCUAUGGUGUUGCGUGAUAGAUACAGUGCCAAGUCCAGAAAUAACACCAGCGCCGGGUCCAGGAAUAACACCGGCGCCGGGUCCAGGAAUAACACCGGCGCCGGGUCCAGGAAUAACACCGGCGCCGGGUCCAGGAAUAACACCGGCGCCGGGUCCAGGAAUAACACCGGCGCCGGGUUCAGGAAUAACACCGGCGCCGGGUCCAGAGAUAUCACCAGCGACGGAUCCUGGGAUAUCACCAGCGCCAUUUAAUAAAUCUAAUUGCUCACUGUACUACAGCGACUGCCACUGGUGCGUCGGCCUCUACCGAACCGGCGGCGACGUGACACGGGGGCAACGUAUGGAGUCGGGCCUGUACUGUGCCGGCGCGCUGGUGGCGCCGCGCGUGGUACUCACCUCGGGCACGUGCGUGCGCGCAGUAGGCCGAGAGGCUGUGUGGGCGCGCGUGCCCGGCGCCACCGACUCGGCGCACCACUAUGCCGUCAAACAAAAAAUAAUUCACCCCAAAUAUAACUCUGGUACCCACGAGAACGACUUCGGGCUGUUCCUGUUGGGAGAGGAGGUGCGCAGGGAGGAGGGCCCGGCAUGCGUUGGCCGGGGCGGCGUGCUCGCACGGGACUGCGUCGCUGUUGGCUUUGAUGCCAACGAGGAACUAAUUGCGACGGCGGUGUCGGUGACGGACGGCGACUGCCCGGGGCGACAACGGCCGCGCAACAUCCCGGACUUGGCUUGCGGCAUCAGCACCGAGGAGACCUGCCACGUGAAGCCCGGCGGAGUGAUUCUCUGCCCUUCGCCCGCUGACGGACAGGGUGGAUUGGAGAUUGUUGGGGUGGCGCGAAAGAGAUGUGAAGCCGGCAAGGUGCUGCUGGGCAAACUGGAGCCGCACAUGAAGUGGCUGCAGGCAGAGCUGAGACGUCUCGGCGCCCCGCUGCUGCAAUACACUGCCUAGCUGCCACACUACCUUCUGUUUCAUUGUAAUUCUUAAUUAUUAAAAAAGCUUUAUUUUUUA